CGAAUCGUCAAAUAGUGCCUAGUGAUCUUUUGUAUUUUAGUUACUGACUUGUCCACGUUUUAAAUCAUGCAUGUUUGUGUAUUUAAGUGAUUUAGUAUGGAAAAUCGUAUUUUUUUAUCUUGUGAGUCUUAAAAAUUAACAUUUCGAUAAUUCAUUUAAUUUUCAGAAUUAUCUCUCUAAUGCUUCAAGUGCAUUUAAUUAAUUUGAACUUUUAAAAAAAUAAGUGCAUUCACUGGUAAAAAAAAAAUGGCACCAGUGUUAACUAAAUCAUACCUUGAUUAUUCAAAGUUAAAAGGAUCUCUAGAAAAGAAAACAAGUCAUAAUAAUUUGGAUAGUAUGAAAGAAUCAUAUGAGAAAAUGCCAUUAUAUACAUCAAUUAUGGCAUCUUUAGGAUUUUAUUUUUUGAUUUUUAUUGGACUCAUAAAUCAUAUCAUUUUUACUCCUAAAGUAGCUACUGAAAAAAAUCGAAAGGGAUAUCCACCAUUGUACAAUAAAUUUGAUAGCAUAUUUUUGAGAUAUGUUUUUCGGCGAGUUAAAGACUGUUUUAAUCGAGUAGUUUGUGGUGUACCUGGUGCAAAAAUUGAUAUCAUUGAUAGAGUAACUCAUGACAGUUGUUGGUCAUUCGAGCUUCUGGACACAAAAUCUGCUUUUCUUAAUUUAGGAUCAUAUAAUUACUUAGGUUUUGCUCAAAAUGAAGGUCCAUGUGCAGAUGAUACUAAAGACAUAAUAAAGAAAUAUGGUUGGGCAGUUGGUAGUUCGCGCCAGGAACUUGGAACCAACCAUCUUCAUUUAGAGCUCGAACAACUAACUGCUGAAUUCUUAGGUGUUGAGGAUGCUAUAGUAUUUGGUAUGGGAUUUGCCACUAAUGCUCUGAAUUUACCUGCCAUCAUAAAUUCUGAGUGCUUAGUACUAAGUGAUGAAUAUAAUCAUGCGUCUGUUAUUUUGGGGAUACGACUGUCAGGAGCCACAUCUGUAGUAUUUAAACAUAAUGAUAUUAAACAUUUAGAACAAUUAAUACGACAAAAUAUUGUUUCUGGUCAACCGAAAUCCCAAAAACCUUGGGAAAAAAUAUUUAUUGUAACUGAAGGCAUUUUUAGCAUGGAAGGAUCAAUUACAAACCUUCCAGAUAUAAUUGCCAUUAAAAAAAAAUAUAAUGUUUAUUUAUAUGUUGAUGAAGCUCAUAGUGUUGGAGCCUUAGGACCAAAUGGUCGAGGUAUAUUCGAUUAUUAUAAUUGUAAUCCAAAAGAUGUUGAUAUAUUAAUGGGCACAUUCAGUAAAUCUUUUGGUUCAGCUGGAGGGUAUAUAGCUGGCAGUAAAGUAUUAAUUGACUAUUUGAGAGUUAAUAGUCAUGCUUCAUGUUAUGCUACUUCUAUGGCACCACCUAUAGCUCAAAUAGUUAUAACAUCUAUGUCAAUGAUAAUGGGAAAAAAACAUGGAGAAGAAGGUAGAAAACGGAUUAUCCAACUUGCAAGUAAUGUCAAAUAUUUCCGAAGGAAACUUAAGGCCUUAGGUUGUGUAGUAUAUGGAAAUGAUGACUCUCCUGUCAUUCCUAUGUUGGUAUAUAUGAUAGCCAAAGUUGGAGCAACAGUCAGAGAGUUCAAUAAAUUUAAUAUAGCUACGGUUGGUGUUGGUUUUCCAGCUACUCCGUUACUUGAAGGAAGAAUUCGUUUUUGUAUGUCAGCUGCUUUGUCUAAAGAACAACUCGAUGAAGUUCUUGAAGCUACAGAAAAAGUAAUGAAUAAAAUGGGUUUGUGUUAUUCUAGAAAACCUAAAUCUAAUGAAGAAAUACUGUAUGAAAACCCAUAUUAGUUUAAUGAUAAGUGAUAACUCAUUUUAUUGUUGUUUAAUAAAGUUACCUAAUUUAUCA